UCUCUCUUCAACUUCCCAAAACCCAAAGCUUCAAUAAAUCUCGUGUUAACGGUUACACUCCAAACCAAAACCAAAACCAACACCACCACCACCUCUUCCUCUUCCAUUUUCCUUUCAUUUUCUCUCCAUCUUCAACAUGAAGAAGCAGAAGUGCGUCGAAACGCAGCGUUCGAACUCAAACCCGAACCCGUUCGACGUUAUAUCGGAGGAACUCAUAUUCACAAUCCUGGACUUUCUAGAUUCGGACCCACUCGACAAGAAGUCAUUCUCGUUAACGUGCAAGUGGUUCUAUUCCGUUGAGGCGAAGCACCGAAGAGUCCUGAGGCCGUUACGGGCAGAGCACCUGCCCGCGAUCGUUGCCCGCUACCCGUUAGUUACGGACCUCGAUCUCACGCUCUGUCCGCGCGUGGGCGACGGGUCACUCGCCCUUCUCGCUGGAGCGUACAGGGACACGCUGCGGAGGCUGGACCUGUCGAGGUCCAAGUUCUUCACCGGGAGUGGGCUUUUGGGCUUGGGCCUGAGUUGCUGCAACCUGGUGGAGCUGGAUUUGUCGAACGCGACGGAGCUGAGGGACGCGGCGGCGGCCGCGGUGGCGAAAGCGAGUAAUCUCGAGAAGCUGUGGCUUGCGAGGUGUAAGUAUAUUACGGAUAUGGGGAUUGGGUGCAUCGCGGUUGGGUGCAGGAAGUUGAAGUUGAUUUCAUUGAAGUGGUGUUUGGGUGUUGGAGAUUUGGGUGUUGAUUUGCUUGCUAUCAAGUGUAAAGAGCUUCGUUCUUUGGAUCUCUCUUAUUUGCCUAUCACUGAGAAAUGUCUCUCGUCAAUCUUCAAAUUGCAACAUCUUGAAGAUUUGGUCCUCGAAGGAUGCUAUGGCAUUGAUGAUGACAGCCUCGUUGAUGAUGUCUUCAAACAAGGGUGCAAGACAAUGAAGAAACUUGAUAUCUCAAGUUGUCAAAACAUAAGCCACAUCGGUCUGUCAAAACUAACAACAAUUUCGGGAGGCAUUGAGCAACUCGAUUUAAAUCAUAACUAUUGUUGGCAUUUGAUUAUCCAGGUGACUCUUGCUUUUGCUGAUGGUUUGAAUAAACUUUCCAUGUUGCAAUCAAUCAUAUUGGAUGGCUGCCUUGUUACUUCUGAUGGAUUAAGGGCCAUUGGAAAUUUGUGCAUUUCACUCAGGGAGCUGAGUCUAAGGAAGUGUUUGGGAGUGACAGAUGAAGCUCUCUCGUUCCUUGUGUCAAAACACAAAGAUUUAAGGAAGCUUGACAUCACAUGCUGCCGCAAGAUAACUAAUGUUUCCAUUGCCAGCAUUGCUAAUUCAUGCAUAAGUCUCACUUCUCUCAAAAUGGAGUCAUGUACUCUAGUUCCACGAGAAGCAUUUAUCUUGAUUGGUCAGAAAUGCCAUUAUCUUGAGGAGCUUGACCUAACAGAUAAUGAAAUUGAUGACGAAGGUCUUAAGUCCAUUUCUCGUUGUUCCAGGCUCUCCAUCCUGAAAGCAGGAAUCUGCCUGAGCAUCACUGACAUAGGACUUGCCUAUGUUGGCAUGGGUUGCUCAAAGUUAAAGGAGCUGGAUCUAUACAGGUCUACAGGAGUAACAGAUUUGGGAAUUUCAGCAAUUGCUCGUGGUUGCCCUGGCCUUGAGAUGAUAAAUACAUCUUAUUGUACUAGCAUCACUGAUAGUACAUUAAUGUCCUUGUCUAAAUGUCCAAAUUUGAAGACACUCGAAAUUCGUGGAUGUCUUCUUGUUACAUCUAUAGGUCUGGCCGCAAUUGCUAUGAAUUGCAAACAACUAAGACGUCUGGACAUAAAGAAGUGCUACAACAUUGAUGAUAGUGGGAUGAUUCCACUAGCUCAUUUCUCCCAAAAUCUAAGACAGAUAAAUUUGUCAUAUAGCUCAAUUACAGAUGUGGGGCUUCUAUCACUUGCUAGUAUCAGCUGCCUUCAAAGCUUUACCAUGCUUCACCUGCAGGGCUUGGUUCCAGGAGGACUGGCUGCAGCCUUAUUGGCAUGUGGAGGGCUAACAAAAGUGAAGCUCCAUCUUUCACUAAGAUCUCUGUUACCUGAGAUGCUUAUCAAACAUGUAGAAGCCCGUGGCUGUGUAUUUGAAUGGAGAGAUAAAGUCUUUCAGGCUGAAUUGGACCCGAAAUGUUGGAAAUUACAGAUGGAAGAUCUGAUGCAAUAGGAUGAUUUUCUCAUGUUAUUUGAAGUUGAUAAAGACAAUGUGCACAUGGCAUACGAGUUAGUGAAGAAUCUCGCGUGUCUAGGAUAACGCAUCCACUUCUCGCUACCCUGUCCACCCACCUACACUUGAGGGGAAAAAAACAAGAAAGCAAGAAACCAACCAAAAAACAAAAAAAUCACUCCUCGUUAAACUUGACUAGGGAGUGUAGGGUGGAAGUAAUCCUUGUAUGCAGCCUUACCUUUGCAUAAUUGCAAAUAGGUUGUUUCCUGGAUUCGAAUCCAUAACCUUUUAGUUAUAAAAGAAUAGUUUUACCACUACUUCGGUUCGUCCUCUUUAAGAAACCAACCAAAAAACAGAAAUUAAAAUCAUUUCCGCUUAAAUCCGGACUACCCAGAAAGAAAGAAAGUAGUAUAGAGUAUAUUUGAAGUAUUCUGUUUAGUCCAUUGGAACAGGCCCUGGGAUGGAGGUAACAAAUUACCCUUCCAUGGACACCCAUGACCCAACUAGUUAGUUUUGGAUUCUAUCACAACUCACAAGUAAUUAUCUUGUCCUUAGUAGAUUGCUGAAGCAGAGGCAAACGCCAGUCCUUAAUUUUUGUUUCGGCUGUGAAAGCAAGGGCAAUCAAGUGUAUAAAAACUCUGUAACCUCUUUUUUUUAUUUUUUUUUGGAGGGGUCCAGUUGGAACCGUUCAGAGAUAUCAAGAAUCGGGGGCGAUCAAGUGUAUAAAAACUUUGCAACCUCUUUUCAUUUUUUAUUUUUAUUUUUUAAUAUCUGGAGUUCCUGUGAAAACCAAGGGUAAUCAAGUGUAUAAAGCUUUGUAACCUCUUCUGCUUUUCUUUUAAAUCCAACUGGAUCUGUUUAGAGACAUCAAGAAUGGACGAUGUUUCAAAUA